AUGGGGACGUCGGAGACGGUGGCGACGGCGACGCGCGUCGGGAGCGCGCGAGAGGGGUCGGGAGCGACGGCGGGCGCGCGAGCGACGACGCCGGUGCGAGGCGCGCCGCCGUUGCCGCCGGCGGCGGCGAGAGCGCCGACGCGGGCGCCGACGGGAGGCGCGGGGACGACGGGACGCGAGCGCGACGGCGGAGGGAAACCCGCGCUGGGGGGGAUCGUGCCGGAGGACAUCGACGCGGUGUAUCAUCAGAUGCAACACUUGGGGAAUAAGUGGGCGGACGCGCACGCGGAGGCGGAGAUGCUGGAGGAGGCGAAGAAGUGCGUGUUGGCGACGAUCACGCUGCAUUACAUCGGGGACGGUGGUACGAAGGCGGCGGCGGAGGUGCAGGCGUACGCGUCGCAGGAGUAUCAGGAUCACAUUAAACGCAUGGUCGAGGCGCGGAGACGGGCGAAUUUGGCCAAGAUCGAGCUCGAGAGCAUCAAGACGCACUUAAACUUGACGAGGACGUACGAGGCGACGCGACGGGAGGAGAUGAAGAUGCUCUGA